AUGAUCCAGAGGUUUAGACCCUUCUACAGCCACAUUGGCUCCAGGUCGCUCACCAUGGACCUCAGGACCCUCUGCUUCUUGUCCUGUUGCCUGUUCAUCUGUGUCCUUUCAGCUGAAACCCAGGAGCGUGGCAGAGCUCCAAAGGCUCAGAACAAGAAGGGCGGCAAAGCAGCCAGCCCUGAGGGGGUGAGCCUCCCAGGAGCCUCCGGCAGGAGAAAACCCAAGUCAGAGCGGAGACAGCAGCCCCUGCAGAAGAAGACUCCUGUGGAGGCUGCAGCUCCCAGCGCCCCGGCCCCCUCCAUCCUGACCCGGGUGUUGGGGAGGGGCCACUUCCAGAAGGUGGGGGACUCUCUGAGCCUGCGGGCUGGGGAGCCCCUGGAGCUGCGCUGCCGGGGAAAGGUGGUCCACUGGAGGGUGCCUGAGUACCUGGAAGAGGAGGGUGAGGGCCGCCUCAGAACCAAGCACUUCAGCCAGCACAGCCGGUUACAGCUGGUGAACUCCACGGGCGCGGACACCGGGGAGUACAGCUGCUGGGCUCGAGACUGCCAGGAUGCCGCCUGCACCGAGGGCGAGGACCGCCAGGGGAAGACCUUCAUCUUCUUCACAGACCCAGAAGAACUCUUUGUCCCCACAGAGAAUUAUUAUGAGGUGGUACAGUUACGCAGUCAUCAACCAGCCCUGCUUCCCUGCCAGGUGACCAACCCCCUGGCCCAGGUGACGCUGCAUCGAGAGUUCCCCCCAGAGGAGGUCCCAGUGGAUGGGACCGACAUCUCCUUUGAUGUGAAGAAGGGUUUCACCAUCCACCGGCCCCGAGCUUCCUUGGCUGGCUCCCUCUUCUGCUUGGCCAGCCUACGAGGCAUGAGACAAAUCUCUACCAAGUACAUGCUGAUCUACAUCAACUACCCAUCAUCGUCCCCCAAACCCACCAUCCAAGCUUCAACAACAUCGGUCCUUCUGGGAGAGAACUUCAGUGUGACCUGCACGGUUCUGAGUGAGCCAGCGAUUGCUGUGGACUUCCGUUGGGAAUAUCCGGGGCAGAAGAUGGGCCGACCCCCCUACGUCAGUGAGCGGGCUGACGUGGUCCACAGGGAGGGCCAGGCUCAGCAGGAGGCAGGGAGCACCCUGUAUGUGGAAGAGGCCCGGGCUGGGGACGCUGGCGUCUACACCUGCCGGGCCACCAACCUUCAGGGCACUGGGAUGGCCACCACCCGUGUCCAUGUGACCCGGAGCCCUCCAGUCUCCCCUGCCCCUUCCUAG